AUGUGGACUUUCCUCGGCAUCGCCACCUUCACCUACUUCUACAAGAAGUGCGGGGACGUGGUCAUCUGGGCCCACCGCGAGCUCCUGCUGUGCGCCCUGGUGUUUCUGUCACUCGGCCUGGUGCUGUCCUACCGCUGCCGCCAGCGCGGGGCCCAGGCCGCCCUGCUCCCCGGCGCGCUGGCGGCGCUGCCUCUCGUCGGCUUCCUGUGGGCGCGACGCCCCGCGGGCUCUGAGGCCGAGCCGCCGCGCGCCAAGCGGUGCAGAAAAGGAACCAUUAUUUCAGAAACAGCCUUAAUAGGAGCAACUGCCUCUACAUCAGUAUCUUCUCAAAGUGAUCCAGAAGUUAUCAUCGUGGGAGCUGGUGUGCUUGGCUCUGUUUUGGCAGCAGUGCUUUCCAGAGAUGGAAGAAAAGUGACAGUAAUUGAGAGAGAUUUAAAGGAGCCUGACAGGAUAGUUGGAGAAUUUCUUCAGCCAGGUGGUUUGCAUGUUCUUAAAGAACUUGGUCUUGAAGAUGCAGUAGAAGGUAUUGAUUCCCAUACUAUACAUGGCUAUGUAUUACAUGACCGGGACAGCAAAUCAGAGGUUCAUAUUCCUUACCCUUUAUCUGAAAACAAUCAAGUACAGAGUGGAAGAGCUUUCCAUCACGGAAGAUUUAUCAUGACUCUUCGGAAAGCAGCUAUGGCAGAACCCAAUGCAAAGUUUAUUGAGGGCAUUGUGCUACAGUUAUUAGAAGAAGAUGAUGUUGUAACUGGAGUUCAAUAUAAGGAUAAAGAAACUGGAGUUAUCAAGGAACUCCAUGCUCCAUUGAUUGUUGUUGCAGAUGGACUUUUUUCCAAAUUCAGAAAAAACCUGAUCUCUAGUAAAGUUUCUGUUUCAUCUCAUUUUGUUGGCUUUCUUAUGAAGAAUGCACCACAAUUUAAACCAAAUCAUGCUGAACUUAUUUUAGCUUAUCCGAGUCCAGUUCUUAUCUACCAGAUUUCAUCUAACGAAACUCGAGUACUUGUUGAUGUUCGAGGAGAAAUGCCCAGGGAUUUAAGAGAAUACAUGGCUGAAAAAAUAUACCCACAAUUUCCUGAUCACCUCAAAGAACCGUUUCUGGAAGCCAUUCAGAAUUCUCGUUUGAGAUCUAUGCCAGCAAGCUUCCUUCCUCCUUCACCAGUAAAUAAACGAGGUGUUCUUCUUUUGGGAGAUGCAUAUAAUAUGAGACACCCUCUUACUGGAGGAGGAAUGACUGUUCUUUUAAAAGAUAUAAAACUAUGGAGAAAAUUCAUAAAGGGAAUCCCUGACCUUUAUGAUGAUGCAGCUAUAUUUGAGGCCAAACAAUCAUUCUAUUGGGCAAGGAAAACAUCUCAUUCAUUUGUUGUGAAUGUCCUUGCUCAGGCUCUUUAUGAAUUAUUUUCCGGCACAAAUGAUUCCCUACAUCAACUAAGAAAGGCCUGUUUUCUUUAUUUCAAACUUGGUGGAGAAUGUGUUGCUGGUCCUGUUGGUCUACUUUCUGUACUGUCUCCUAACCCUCUAAUUUUAAUUGGACACUUCUUCGCUGUUGCACUCUAUGCCACAUAUUUUUGCUUUAAGUCUGAACCUUGGAUUACAAAACCCCGAGCCAUUUUUAGUAGUGGUGCUGUAUUGUACAGAGCGUGCUCUGUAUUAUUUCCUCUAAUUUACUCAGAAUUGAAGCAUUGGGUUCAUUAAACACAAAGAGGAGCAAUCUGUGAAUAAAUAUUUGGAACUCAUCAAGUCCUGAGAUUUUUUGGAAGAGGGUGUGUAUAGCAUAGUUAAAUAUACUAUAGUUUGCAAUUUAAAUGAAGGGUGAAAUAAGACAGGUAUUUAAGAGAAAUAAUUGUUACCAUAAAUUCGUGCUAACACUGAAGCCAUUUGAAUCUAGUCUGGAAUGAGUCAUUGUGGGACAUGCAAAUAAAAGGAUGAACAAAGACA